AUGCCCGUUCCAACCAACCUCCCGCGCUCUACUUACCCACUCACCACAACACCUGCCCGAGCGAUGCACUUCCGCACCUCAUCUAACCAAAGCAGCUCCUCACCGACUAUAACACCAGCCGGGAACCAACACAAACUGAACGUCGUCACUCGCCUUGCAGUAGAAGGGAAAGCAAAGCAAGGCGAGGAUGGAGUAUCCAUUAAAAUGUAUCUCAAGAUUUCUUUGCCAUUAGAUUCUAUUACUCCGGGCUCGACUAUCCCACUUUUUCCAGAGGAAAAUGUUAAAAUCCUCACAUCUCAAGUCCAUCCAAUCGACAGCAACUCGGUUCCUUACAACUUUUCGUCCACCGUUUCUCCCCUUCUUCACAAUGCCGCCCGAGCCCUGAAUUUACCUGCACGGUCUUCAAAAACCUUCUACUCCGUCUUUCACCUCUCCAACUCAUCCAGCAACGCGUCCUCCAAGCAUUCUUCCGAGUAUGACACGGAUGAAGAGGGCUCUCUCCCAAUCGACGAUAAAUACACGGGGCAUAUCCUCGUCAGCGGGUACAGCAUCUCAUAUGUCCUUCCCAAAGUUUUCCCCUCGCAUGGUUCGGACGCUGAUAUUGAAGGCCUCUCUCGAGCAACCUCCAAGACCAGACGGCCAUCAAUAGGAGAGCGAAGUAGUGCGCACUUCAUGGCCGCAAUUGACCUGUGGGUCCCUUACAUUUCAAGGCCACCCAGAUCCCCCUUCUUACUCUCGAUCCCUACACCUCGCUGCCUUCACAACCACAUCAAACUUCGCAUAUUCCCACCCUCAAAUGCUUCCAACUCGUUCGCUUCCUUGUCGUCAUUUGAAGAAGAUGGUGUUUCUUGGGAUCUUACAUCCGACCCACAUGUUACUCGCAGCGCUCACAAGCGUCCAUCACGCUCCAACUCAUACACACACUUUGCAGAUGACGAGUCUAGCGAUUCUUCGACGGCUGGUUUCAGCGACGGUUGUGGAAUACAAGGCACAUUCCCAAGCGCGGAGCAUAUUCGCCUUAGAUGGGCUAAGCCACUGAAAACCGUCGACAUCCCUGGUAGUAGCGAUGGACGACGCAGAGUCGGUGUGAAAGAAGUCAAAGGGGAAAUGGUAUGUAGAGUGCGAGGGAAGAUGAGAAAUCCGGAAAUAUGCGAAGGGGAGGGUGUUGUGAUGAGUGUUGAAUACAAGGGCACAUGCAAGGGCCUUUGGUUUUCUGGCGUCGCAACCCUCCUUGGGAUGGAUGUCAGUUUGGAAUCCAAAGGCUCAGAUGUCUCGUGGGUUGGGGACGGUCAUUGGGAAGUUAGCGGUGGGACUGGCUACACUGGGUUUGACGUUGGACCCUUGGCUUCCACUCAACCUGUAUCCAGGACAUCUUCGCUGGAGUCUUCCAGUUCGCCACCUCAUAUCCACAUCUCCCCUGCUAAUGAGGGCAAAAAGCCAGGUGGUCUCAUCUCAAGAACUGUAUCAACUUCGUCAACCUCUUCACUGCUUCGCGCUCCCUUACCCGUCCAAAAUGUUGCGGACUACUCGUUUGAAGGCUCAACAAUUACUCUUGCGUCUUCGUCUCCACCCGAGACAAUGUCCUCGAUAUCUUCACUACCCACAUCAGCUCCCAUCUCAUCCCAAUCCUCGCAAGCCCGAUCACCCGGGGCACCCAUUACCCUUCACAUCAACAUGAACGAAAUCCUGCCUCCAGCGAAGAACAUCUUCACAUUUACGAUUUCAGGAACUAUUCUCGUGACCCCACGAACCACGGUUGGACGUCUCAAUGGCAGUCCGCAUCAUUCUAUUGACGGUGCUUCAGGAGACCCCGAACCCCUUGUCUUGCCCCGUUUCACAGUUCUUGCUGCUGACACCGAGUCCACCUCGAUUGUUGUCCGCCAUGACAUCGAAGGCUCCACUACCACGGUGGAGGUGUACAACUCCACUGGGGAUAUUUACAGGGAUGCGCAGGCGAGGAAGACUGUUCUUCAAAAGGGAGGUUUCACCCGCUGUGGGGAAGAAGGGGGAAGAAUUGUUCUCAGGUCUUUGGGUCAAAUCAACGGAUCCCUCGCUAGUCAAUCAAAACCACCCAGUGGCAAAACAAUCUCCCAUGUUCCUUCCCAAUCGUCCCUUGCGCGUGGAACGUAUCCACUCUGGUCAAAACGCCAAGUCCCUCUCAUGAUCCCCUCCGUAUCGGCGACUGUGACAAUACUUACAGUUGAUAGAUCCACAUCGUGCUGUUCUUACGCUGUUCGCUUUGUCUUGAAUGCAUCCGCACUACGAGACUUUGAAUGGUUGGAGUUUGGGUUCGCAAAAGCCCCAAAUUCGUCCACACCAACUCCUGACAUUCAAUUCGUUGCUGCAACCGUAGAUGAGAUACCAGCGACCGUGAAAACCAACGUUGUUGCACAAAAGGAACCGUCAGAAGCAGCAAUUGCGUUCGAGCGGCCCAACGGCAAAUUCUUUGUCAGUUGGGCCAAGGUCAAUGUAAGCUGUCUGGUCGGGGGCACAGUCAUGGUCGAUUAUGUGGUCAAAGAGAAGCCUGAAAUUGUACAUCCCAGUCAUGGCCAACAAAAGGGAAAGGCAUGCGCAAGGGAUGCUUAUCUUCUACACCUACUCUUGCCGACCUUCCCCGUUCCCGUCGGAAGGUUAGAAGUGAUUUUUGACAGUACGUUUGGCUUCGACUCAUACUCCCUGCAGACAAAUCUUAAACACCGCCAAGUUCCACACAAUGGUCAUCGACUCCUGGAAUAUUCUCUCCAAGAAUAUUUCUCUCCUGAGUUAUCCAUGACGAUCCACCCAGGUUCGAGUUUAAAGGCUUCAUCCUCGCGCAGGUUGGGCUAUUUUUUCAGCCUCACUUGUAUCUUUUUAUUUCUCUCCAUCCUGGGGUUGUUUUGCCUUGGGCUCGAGAUGAGACGGCUAACCCGUUCGGUGGAAGGUUAUUCCAUUGACAAAGGAACAGGAUGGAAUGAUGUGUUGACUACUGUCACCGUAACUACGACGGUGUAUGGCGCGACGGCGACCCGUAGGUCGGUGGAAAGAAGUCCAACACACUCGAGUGUAAUCCACACUUCCGAUAUCACCUUGACUUCCCUCCACGAGGAAAAUACCUUCACCUCUCCAACUGGGACUCCGAGCCCCUUGAGCCGAGCAGAUCCCCUCCUUGAUAUUCCCUUGAGUCAACCUCCUUCCCCAUCACCUUCGUCGGCCGACCCGUACGAGUUCCCGCCAUUCCGAGAUCUGUUAGCCCUUCCCUGGUCAAUAACAGGCCUAGACGUAAACACUUUGAGAAACACCCUUCAAAAGGCCGCGCGAACUAUGGAACGAGUUUGGCAGAUGUUUCGAAAAGUGUACCACUACCCUCUUGAUGAUCCAUAA